AAUGAAAAUACAACUUAAACCCUAAACCCCUAGCCUCUGUCUGUCUCUCUCCGCUCUUUACCGUUCUUCAGCUCGCAAAGCCCAACCCCUCCCCCGUGAGUUCCACCGGUCUUUAUUUUCCAGUGUUUGUAUAACCAUCGCCGUCUAGCGCAGCCCAGCCGUCGCUGUUCUUCCCAGCCGGUCUUCGGUGUCGUUACAGCCGUGGUCAGACGCCGUUCGGUGUUGGCAGAGGGGGUGCUUUGGCUUCAGAAAUCUUGAAGUCGAGGAGUUUCCCUGCUGUCCAGCAAGCUGUUGGAGAAAUUCUUCUAGUGUCGUUCGGUUCAAAACGUUGUUGGUGGUGUUGAGAAGGCUUGGAGUCUAAAUUACGUUUGGAUAAAGGAUUUCGUAGUGGAAGAAGGCAUUUGUUGGAUUUGGAUUUCGGUUGAGAUUUUUCUUUUACGUUCAGCAGAGGUCAAUGGAGGCAGAGAAAGCGGUUCUUCCUACCACUGAAGCUGGUCUUAAACCACUUCACUUUCUCAAAUCUACAGACCCGCCUCUCUGGCUUGCUCCAAGCCCUUCCCUAUCUGAAGUUGCUCGCCUUGCCUCACAGAAUUUAUUUUCUAUGCUGAAACCAUUCAGUCCUAAAUCUCCAUUCGAUCAUCUCCUGGUUGAUGGAUUUGAUGCUGAGCAGAUAUGGCAACAAAUUGACCUCCAAUCACAACCUCUUUUGGCAAGUGUUCGCCGGGAUUUGAAGCGGUUUGAGAAGAAUCCAGAAGCAAUUUCAAACCUGAAGGUUUCUUUGGAGGGUAAGAAGAAGGUUAUUCCAGAGAUGGCUAUAGGGUUGGGGGAAGAAGGUGAUGAUUUUGAAGAGGAUAUAAAGGAGUUUGAUGAAGAAGAAGACGAGGAUGAGGAGGAAGAAGAAGACGAGGAUGAGGAGGAAGAAGAAGAGGAUGACGAAGAAGAUGGAGACACUGAGGAAAGAGAGAAGGAAGAGAGUGAAGAUGAAGUUGAGGGAGAAGAAGGUAGUGGUGGGAUUGAGGAUGGAUUUUUGAAAAUAAAAGAGCUAGAGGAGUUUAUGGAGGAGGAUGAGGUAAGAGAAUAUGGUUUACAGAAGAAGAAAGAUGGUAAGAAGGAAAAGAAACAGAGGAAGACAGAAGAAGAAUCUGAGGAUGACGAAGAUGGUGAGCUUGGGGAUUUUGACCUCCAUGGUGAGGAGGAUGAAGAUUCUAGCAAACUGGAAAAGGCGAGAUAUGAAGACUUUUUUGGUGCUAAAAAGAAGAAUCUUGGGAGAAGAAAAUCUAAAUUGACAAAUGGGUCAGAUUCUGAACUUUCAGAUUCAGGUGAUGAAGAGGAAGAUAAUGAAGCACAUGCAGAACAGAAGUCAGAAAACCUUUCAACUCAUCAAAAACAACUUAAGAAGCUUCAAUCUGAAAUAGAGCUGAUGGAGAAAGCAAACUUAGAGCCAAAAACGUGGACCAUGCAGGGAGAGGUAACUGCCGCAAAAAGACCUAAGAAUAGUGCUCUGGAAGUUGAUCUGGAUUUUGAACACAAUGUGAGACCACCACCAGUAAUCACAGAAGAAGUUACAGCAACAUUGGAAGAGAUGAUCCAGAAAAGGAUCCUUGAGGGGCGUUUUGACGAAGUUCAGAAAGCACCUAAACAACCUACUAAAGCACCCAGAGAAAUCAAAGACUUGGACGAGAAUAAAAGCAAGAAAGGUCUUGGAGAAAUAUACGAGGAAGAGUAUGUUGAAAAGACUAAUUUGGCUAAUGCCCAAUCAUCAUUCACCGAUGAAGCGAAGAAAGAGGCGAGCAUACUUUUCAAGAAACUUUGCUCCAAGUUGGAUGCUCUCUCCCAUUACCACUAUGCACCAAAACCGGUUAUAGAGGAUAUGUCUAUAUCAGUGAAUGUCCCUGCUCUAGCAAUGGAAGAGGUUGCUCCUGUUGCUGUCUCGGAUGCGGCGAUGCUCGCUCCUGAGGAAGUUUUUGCUGGCAAAGGUGAAAUCAAAGAAGCAGCAGAACUUACCCAAUUCGACAGGAAGAGGAGGAGGGCCAACAAGAAAAGGAAAUAUAAAGCUAUGGUAGCCAAAAGAGACGCAAAGAAGGCAAAAAAUACUACAGCUCCAAAUGCCAAUGAAGGCCAAUGAAGAUUCUAAGUAUUAUUCAACAGUUCUAAAAGUCUUUUCCAUCAACGCGUCGAGAUCCCGAGAACCAAAAACUGAAAGGGAAUGGAAUUGGCUAGUUAAUUUUGAUGAGCUCGGAGGAUCAAAUGACUCGAGGACAGAGUCUUGAGUGUUCUUCUUACCCAUUUUUUCACCUGUGGCUUCCAUGAAAAGUAUAUUGGUAGGUUGAAAGAUGAUCUUAUCAAUGAUCCUCACUGAUUUGUGAUUUUUUUUACAGACGUUUCCAUCAUAGGAGUUAACUACAGACAAAUUGCAAGAUAAAUGUAAAAAUCCUUCCUGAAAUGAAGCUUAGAAUUCUCCGUUUAUUGCAUUUUUUUAAUUUAAAAAAAGUUGUACUUA